AUGACAGCAUCUCAGCUGCUAGCACGUCUGAUGUCCAGGACCGUCUUUCAGCCCUGGAGCUGAGAGUACAGCAACAAGAAGAUGAAAUCACUGUGCUGAAAGCAGCGCUGGCUGAUGUGCUAAGGCGUCUUGCUAUUUCUGAAGACCAUGUAGCUUCUGUGAGAAAAUCGGCACCAAGUAAAGGUCAGCCAAGCCUCCGAGAAGCUAUCUCGAUGUCCUGUAUAACUAACGGGAGUACAGGAAGCAGGAAAACAAGCCAUGGUUCAUCUGUUUCUGUUGCUCGAAAAGAAACUCUUUCAUCUGCUGCAAAAAGCGGUACAGAAAAAAAGAAGGAAAAACCUCCAGGACAGAAAGAAAAAAAAGAGGAAUCUCAUUCUAAUGAUCAAAGUCCACAAACUCAAGCAUCACCUACUCCCCAGUCCUCCUCACAGGCUCUCCAAACACACAGGCAAACUCAAGAAAGCAAGAGUUCAGCUCCAGCUAAAAGCAUAAAGAAAUCCUUGACUGCUGAAAAACCUCACAGUGCUUGGGAAAGCUCAGAUGACAGUCGUAACAAGCUGCUGAGAGUAGCAUCGACAUCUAAAUUAAUAUCGAAAGUGGCAAAGAAUGCAGACAAGCACAAAGAUGUCAUCGUCAGCCAAGCAAAAAUGUCAACUCGUGAAAAAAACAGCCAAGAGGGAGAAUAUAUCAAGAUGUUCAUGCGUGGUCGACCAAUCACAAUGUUCAUUCCUUCUGAUGUAGAGAACUAUGAUGACAUUAGGACAGAGCUGCCUCCUGAAAAGUUAAAACUGGAGUGGGUAUAUGGGUAUCGUGGAAGAGACUGUCGAGCCAAUGUUUACCUCCUCCCUACCGGAGAAAUUGUAUAUUUCAUAGCAUCAGUGGUGGUACUAUUUAACUAUGAGGAGAGAACUCAGCGGCACUACUUGGGUCAUACAGACUGCGUCAAAUGUCUUGCAGUUCAUCCAGACAAAAUUAGAAUUGCAACAGGACAGUUAGCUGGAGUGGAUAAAGAUGGAAGGCCCCUGCAGCCCCAUGUUAGAGUAUGGGACUCGGUGAGCCUGGUGACACUUCAGGUUAUCGGCCUUGGGACUUUUGAACGUGGCGUGGGCUGUUUGGAUUUUUCAAAAGCGGAUUCUGGUACUCAUUUGUGUGUAAUUGAUGACUCUAAUGAGCAUAUGCUUACUGUAUGGGAUUGGCAGAGGAAAUCAAAAAUAGCAGAAAUAAAGACUACAAAUGAAGUUGUUCUUGCUGUAGAAUUCCAUCCAACUGAUGCAAAUACCAUAAUAACAUGUGGCAAAUCUCAUAUAUUUUUCUGGACCUGGAGUGGCAAUUCAUUAUCAAGGAAGCAAGGGAUAUUUGGGAAAUAUGAAAAACCCAAAUUUGUUCAGUGUUUGGCUUUUUUGGGAAAUGGUGAUGUGCUCACUGGAGACUCAGGUGGGAUAAUACUUAUAUGGGGCAAAACUACUGUAGAAUCUACUCCAGGAAAAGGACCUAAAGGAGUAUAUCAGAUAAGCAGACAAAUCAAAGCUCACGAUGGCAGUGUGUUCACACUCUGUCAAAUGAGAAAUGGGAUGCUGCUAACUGGAGGUGGGAAAGACCGGAAGAUCAUCCUGUGGGAUCAUGAUUUGAAUCCUGAAAGGGAAAUUGAGGUUCCUGACCAGUAUGGAACAAUCAGAGCAGUGGCGGAAGGAAAAGCAGAUCAGUUUUUAGUGGGUACUUCACGAAACUUUGUUUUGCGGGGAACAUUUAAUGAUGGUUUUCUAGUAGAGGUACAGGGACAUACGGAUGAACUCUGGGGACUGGCAUCCCAUCCUUUCAAAGACUUAUUUUUAACAUGUGCUCAAGAUAGGCAAGUCUGUAUGUGGAACUCUGUGGACCACACACUGGAAUGGACCAGACUGUUAGAUGAACCGGGACACUGUGCUGACUUCCAUCCCAGUGGAGCAGUGGUUGCAAUAGGAACGCACUCGGGCAGGUGGUUUGUUUUGGAUGCGGAAACGAGGGAUCUGGUUUCAAUACACACUGAUGGCAACGAACAGCUCUCAGUGAUGCGCUACUCAAUAGAUGGCACCUUACUUGCAGUUGGAUCCCAUGACAACUUUAUUUACCUCUACGUAGUAACAGAAAAUGGAAGAAAGUAUAGCAGAUAUGGAAAAUGCACU